CGGCCAUUGCUAGCUAGCCAGCCUGUACUGCAGCUCGAGACUGUAGUAGCUUGUGGUUGUAGGUGGGGGAGGUUGAGAUGCUGCAGGAGCUGGCGCCGUGCACGUGCGGGAUGCUGUACGGCAGCUGCGGCGGCGGGUGCGGUGGCGCCGCCGCCGCCGCGUCGGCAUUCUCGCUGCUGUUCCCCGUGGCGGGGGGACAGUACUACUACCGGCAGUGCGGCGCCGCCGCGGCGGAGGAGGAGAGCCGGCGGCUGUCGCCGUAUGGCGGCGGCGGCGGGGCGGUGGACUGCACGCUGUCGCUCGGGACGCCGUCCACGCGGCGCGCGGAGGCGGGCGCGUACGCCCACGCGACGACGACACCGCCGGUGGGCGGCGGGCUGCCGUCGGCGCGCUCCGGCGGCAAGCAGGACGGCGGCGGCGCCGGCGCGGCUUCCUGCAAGGAGGCCCCCGCCGGCCGCCUGCCUCGCCGGUGCGCCAACUGCGACACGACGUCGACGCCGCUCUGGCGGAAUGGGCCAAGAGGACCCAAGUCGCUGUGCAACGCGUGCGGGAUCCGGUACAAGAAGGAGGAGAGGCGCGCGGCGGCGGCGGUGGCGCCGGCGCCGCCGCUGGACACCGGGGCCGGGUACGCGUACUGCUACCCGCGGCAGCCGCCGGCGCCGUCGCCGCAGUGGGGAUGCUACGGCCAGGCCGCCGCGGCGAAGUCGGCGUCCUACGCAAUGUUCGGCGACAUCGUCGACGCGGCGGACGACGGGCCCUGCCUGUCGUGGCGGCUCAACAUGAUGCCCUCCUCGCCGGCGUUCGCCGUCGGCGAGCGGCCCGGCCUGUUCCAAUACUAUUAGCUACUGUAGCUAGCUAGAAACCUAGACUAAUUUUUGAUCAGUUUAGUCGGUUAAGCAAUGAGAUCGAUCAAGCAAAGCUUAGCUUGGACUUGAGAUUAAUUAAGCUAAGCCCCAGCAUUAGUUACCAGCAGCAGCAUAAUUCCUAUAGCUCGCGUGCCAAUUUGUUCUUUAUAUUUCUUUUGUGAUUUAACUAACAGUACUUUCCACUGUGCACUAAUCAUCGC